AUGGCGAUGAUGAUGACUGGCCGUGUGCUGCUGGUGUGUGCCCUCUGCGUGCUGUGGUGCGGCUUAUGUGGAGUUGCGGCCGAUGAUGUUUAUGUUCCUCCUGGUGAUAGUGGAACUUCCGGCAAAAAUGGAGUUGGGGUUAGUGUUCAGCCUCCUGUCCUAUCUGAGAGUCCUGGUGCUAAUGAGGAUCCAACGGACAAAGAUACUGAGGAAAGUGAAGGUGGUUCCCUGGAGUCUGACGAUUUGGACAGCCAAUAUUUACUUACCGAAACUGUUAAGGAUGGUGUGGUGGCAGAUGUCUCUAAGGACGGUUUACCCCGUCAAGAAGAGGGCACCAUAGUUACACCGGGUCAGCCGGAACCAGUGCCUCGUGUUGAAUUGCCGUCCGAAGCAAAGGCAACAAGGCCACUCGUUCCAAAUCCGCAGGAGCAGCUGCCCAACACACCAACGGAAGAUGAGCCCCUUAGCACAGGUCUCGGAGGGAACAGACCAUCUGGGAACUCGCGGAAACGGCCUCUCUAUCUCCUCCAAAGGACGGCGGUGCUGCCAGCGAUCAAACUGCCGGAGGCACCACGGACAAAAGUCUGCACAAUAAUCCCCUGCAUGGGGCCGCGGUUACGGUGCAAAACCACCGUGAGGGAAACACGGGACUGA